GCAUACACAGAUGUAUUGUUAUUAAAGUUUCGAACCCCUUAUCACUUUACGACAAAAUAACCACUUCUUACUUUUUAACAGCCACCUGCUAGUGCUUGAAGUGUAUCCUUUUACAUUUGAAAAGCAAUGUGACCUUAAACCACUUUGGAAACCCUGUGGUCACCAUGCACUAUUUCUACCGUGUAUUCCCGACUCGGAGGGAUUUUGGAUGUGCACCGUCAAGUGCGUUCCUUAGGAAACAUUUUGUUGUUGGACAUAUCUGGGCACGCACGCAGACUUGUAGAAUAAAAACAAGUGAUGGCCGUCAGUUUUUGGGAACAUAAAGCUCGAAUAGCCUUCAAGCCAGCCUACAACACUCGCCCGGCGAACUACCAUGGGGAUCUGUUCGUUCCAAGUUUUAAUUUCCCUGCUGAAGAGCCGAAAGAAGACUUCAAGAAGCUGCCCUGGAUGAAGAUCGACUUCAAGACGAGCCCGAUGGACUACCUCGACACUGUCCUCCACUACUGCUUUGACGGAAACACCGAGUGUGAUUUCCGUGUGGAGAACAACGGGACGCAUCCCGAUCGUUGGUACCACGCCCCGUGGAUGGCCUACCCACCUUCUGGGCGUGAGCCUAUUCACGGCUUGACCAUGGAGAGGCCUACUGAACCACAGUACUUCGGUUUGAAGGACCAGAAAUGGCUGCAGACUUGGGCUCUGAGCUUCUACAACGAUUUCGGGGCCAAAACAAUCAGCGACUUCUGGGAGAAGCCAUGGGAGCCAGCGCUCAAAGAUGACGUCACAUUUCCACCAGGCACGGUUUCGUUCAAACUCCUGUUCACCGAGGCGACAGAAGAUGACGUACCGAGUCUGGCAGGCUCCAAGGAAUGGCUGGCAGCGAUCGGCAAACCAUACCCUCCCAUCUCUAAGGAUGCGACCAUGGAGGAAGCACAGACAAAGCUGGACGAAGUCUUGAAGCCCGAAAACAGGGGGCCCAACCCGUACCCACUAAGGCUGAUACAGGUGGACGUUAUGGUCAAGGACACAAGAGCCAAGUGCGGGUGGGUGUUCGGAACUUUCAUGUACCACAAGGACCAGCCCGGAGACGAUCCCUAUCGCAAACUGGUGCCUAUGUGUCUGCAGUGGGGGAAUGAUCCCGGCCUCACACUGGAGGAAACUUGGACACACCCAGAUGUAAAGAACCACAAACUCCUACCAGAGGGCCGUCCCUACCUUGGUUGGCUCGAGUCUUCUUGUGCGGCCUCAGAUCCGAAGCAGACGGAGACAACCGUGACGCAAACGCCUCACUGGUUCAGAAACAUCCUAUACCGGGAUCCGUUCGAAAAAGACGUUCAAACGUCGCUGGAUUAUUCCAUGCAGCUUCUUAUGGGGCUCUAUGGAUACAAUCAGUGGCGGAAGGACAAUCCCCCGCCUGAUGAUAAGGCUUCCAAAUAAAUUGAAUGCAGCCAGGAAUCCAAAAUCAUUUAACAACAAAAUCAUUCAUAUGCCUAUUGAAUUUUAUUGUUUAUACCGAAAAGGAUGGGACCAAGAUAAAUCUUUUCCACAACAAACAACAAACAUCCAGAGGCUGUGAUCAUAAAUAAAGGGAUUCCAUGCGCAUGUGAACGUUGGAGUCAUAACUUUGAACUCUAACAAGAUGAAUAAAUAAUUCUGAACAGACCAUGUAUACCCCUGAACCAUGAAGCUCCACUGACUUUAUUUAGCGAUUAUAUUAUGCUCAUCAAAGUCUAUAACUUGUCGCAUGACAAAAUUGCAAAAAUGUCAAAAGUUAUUAGAAGUAUGGAUGAUUUUGUUGUUAAAUGUAGUUGGAAUUGAGAUGAACUGAUUAAGCAACAACAAUUGUAUCUUCCAUCAUAUGGUCAGUGGCUGUGUAUGUUUCAAAUGCCUUUGCAUUGAUAAUGGAAGAAUCUUUUUUUUUAAGUGAAUGUAACGCUGGUUUGUAAUCAAUUGUGGUGAUUUGUAAUCAAUACUGGUGGUUUGUAAUCAAUGUUAGUGGUUUGUAAUCAAUGCUGGUGGUUUGUAAUCAAUGGUGGUGAUUUGUAAUCAAUGCUGGUGAUUUGUAAUCAAUGCUGGUGAUUUGUAAUCAAUGCUGAUGAUUUGUAAUCAAUGCUGGUGGUUUGUAAUCAAUUGCGGUGAUGUAUACGUAGCAGGGGUUUGAAUAAAGUACAACUAAGUCGAGUAGAGUGUAACCUAAAAGACUGUGUAACCUAAAGAAGGGGAACAUCAAAAUGUCAAUUUGUAUGAAAAUUGAAAUCUACUAGUGCCUGAUGCUGUGGUUGUUUAAUAUCUAUCUUCUAUAACUGUCACAGGAAUAGGCACUACCUUAUUAUAAUAUCUACAUUACAAUGUUAUUAUAAUAUACUACAGUUGAUAAUUGUUUGAGGUUUGAAUUUUUUUCCUAGGCCUAUGUUAAUCUUAGAGUGGAACUCAUUGUAACUAGUUUACCCCAUUGUCAAGCAAUGCUUGCAGCCAAAUCUGUGGUAAUACUGGCUAUACAGAUGCAGAUACAAGAUAAAGAUACAUAAGCUGGUACGCUACACUGACGGGUAGUUACACUGGCUAUACAAAUACAGAAGUUGGUUUGUUACAAAAAGUUUUUUUCCGCCUAUACGGAUACAGAUGCAGAAAUUGGUGUGCCACGCUGAAGGGUAGUUAUACUAGCUAUACAGAUACGGAGGCUGGCGUGUUACGCUGAAGGAUAGUUAUAUGCAGAUACGGACUAUGAUUAUCUAUAUAAUUAUUCUAAUGUUUGGUGGUUUCGAUGAUAGACAAAUUCUGUUAAUGUAGGUUAAGUUGUUUAAUAUCUGUUUGUUGUUCUCAUUGCUGUGUUUGUUAUUGUAAUUAAUGACUUUGUGAUUGUAUACGAUCUCGAUUUACAAUGUUCAUCUAAUACGUUAACGUUACCAUACAUAUGAGUAAUGCAUAAUGUUCCAAAGGCUGUUUUCUUCCCAAAAGUGAAGUUGACUUAUUCUCAUAUCUACCAUUAAUUUGUUUUUAAGACAUCUGGUGAUGGUUUGUUUUUACCUGUACUACAUCAAUACUUG